GGGGUCUUCAGUGGGGCGGUUACAUCACCACAAGCUUCAAGUGGUCACUUUAUCAUGCUCCUUUCAACUUACUGCAAGCCGUGAUAACAGUCAACUUGAACUGAUAAAAAAGUACAAGUAGGCAUUUUCCGUCGACAGCGAAGGACGCACCAGGCAUUCUAACCUCUGCAACAGAUCAGUCGCUGUGCUCUCUUAACUCACCUCCACAGUUCAUCCAGGAUGGCGCCCGUCCGUCGCUAUCUGCGCAUCACAAAGUUUUCGGUGCUCGAGUGCCGUAUCUACCUGGAUAAUCCUGCAUUGGCACAAUCAUGGCUCCUGAACCCACGCGAUCCGGUCCUGCCUCGCGUUAUCGAAAGCGUGCGGCCCUGGGUGCUGCCCAAGCUUCGUGAAGAGCGUGACAGAGUGAAGAAGAAGUCGUCAAACAAGAAGAAGGGAAUCAAGGACACCGUGAUAGAGGAUGAUUUUGAAGUAUCAAUCUUUUUGACAGAGACCAACACCCGCCACUCUAUUCUCACCAAGCAUAAGCAUUUUCACGACAAGGCGCCUGAGAAAUUGAGGUCCAAUACGAACAAGUUGCUAGGGGCUACCAAUGAGAACCCCGUAGAUCUAGAUGAUUCAAACCCGCCUGUCCUGCGCGAGGAGAGCGACGAUGAAGUGACCACUCUCGCCGAUAUUCCACUUGCCGGUGGGAGUGAUACAAGUCGCGGCAAGCAAGCAAAACCAGAUCAGCCCGACGACGACGAGUUUGGCAUGGAAGACGAGGAACCCUAUGCAGUUGAGAUCGACUCGGAUGAGGGCGACGACAGCGCGAUGGCACAGGGCAACGACGACAAGAAGAAGAUGGCCAUGGAUGUCUCGUAUGAAGGCUUUUCCAUAUACGGCCGUGUUUUGUGCCUAGUGGUGCGGAAGAAGGAUAGGUCGAACCAGCGGACGACUAGCAAGAGCCGACCUGGUGCUCAAGCUGGGGGUCAAGCACGCAUGGAGAAUUGGAUCACGUCGACGCAGGUUCCGAUCGGAGAAGAGAUUCCAUGAUUGGCUCGCGGCCGGAUAGGCUGAUACCAAGUGCUAAUGACAAUCGAGAUCGGCAUUGCGAGGCAUGUACGUAGUACGUACCGUCGAUCUGUCCUGGACUCUCGGAAAUCAUUUACUUGC